CAAACACUCAAGCAAACCUUUUCACUUGAAUCAAAUAAAUAAAUACACAACCAGGUUAAAGUUUUAUAUACUGUAAAGUUGAUAGAAUGGAUUCUUCGCAGACGGCAAGUGAACCAGUUGGCGAAGAGGAGGAUGCCAGCAAGGAGAACGACAUAUCCUUUCCCCGUGAUAUAAUCACCGUAGAACACUCUUUUGGGUACGAUUGCAAAAAGCUCUUCAACUUGGUCUUGGUGGACUCGGAUACGCUGGUCUUCGGCUCGGGAAACUUUCUAAACUACUUUAGUAUUUCACGACUGGAGAUUUCCUUUCAGGAAACGGUCUUUGGCUGCGGUAUAGGAUUUAUCACGAAAAACGAACAUCCCGAUUAUACCAACCUUUUUACGGUGGGCGAAAAUGGACAGAGUCCCACCGUUUUCAUCUAUGAGUUUCCCUCGCUGCAGGUCCGUGUAAAGCUGCUGAAUGCAGCCAAAGCUUGUUUUACGGCGGGUUCUUACAACAAGACCGGCGAAUUGUUUGCAUCGCAAGCUGGCUAUCCGGAUUUCGUUAUCACCAUCUGGCGCUGGGAAAAGGCAGAGGUCGUUCUGCGCGCCAAGUCCUUUCAGAGCGACAUCCUGUUCGUGCAUUUUUCGGAGCACAACCCCAUCCUGCUGUGCUCUUCGGGUCUCAGCCACAUCAAGUUCUGGAAAAUGGCCAACACCUUUACGGGUCUGAAGUUAAAGGGCGACUUGGGACGCUUUGGCAAGACGGACUUCAGCGAUAUCUAUGCCAUGUACAUGCUAGCCGAUGAGAAUGUGAUCUCGGGCUGCGAUUGGGGCAACAUGCUGCUCUGGCAGGCGGGACUCAUCAAGUUUGAGAUCUGUCGGAAGGGUCGAAAGCCCUGCCAUACAAAGCCCAUAACCAGGAUAACCAUGAAGAACGGUGAGGUGACCACGGUGGGAAUGGAUGGUUAUGUGCGCGUUUGGUACUGGGAAACCGUGGACCUAGCCGAUCCGCCGGAGGAUGAUUUGUUCGUGGAGAUCGAUCCGAUUUACGAGUUUAAGAUCGCUGACGUGGAGCUGCGUUGCAUGCAGAAAAUUCAUCCUUUCGAUGAGUCAGAUUUCACACACUACGCACAGGAUGGAAACGGAGGAAUUUGGUUCUGCGACAUAAACACCUACGACGUUCCCCAGAAACCAAGGAAGCUCUACUCCUGCAUUGGCGGCAGGGUGCUAACUGCCCAGAUGUCCCCGGUGUCGCCACAUUUUCUGUGCAUGUCAGAGAGCGGAAAGCUCUUUCUUUAUGAAUACGAGCAACAACGUUUGAUUCUUGAGAAGAUUUUCCCGGCAGAGGGAGUCGAUGUGCUGUGGCUGGAUACCCAGAUAUCGGUGACGGGCACUGAAAUUGUGGCUGUAUUUAAGGAUGGCAUACUGCGGCAGCUGUUCUUGGACCUCAGCAACCCGGAACGGCCAACCAUGGACCGAGUGAGAGCUUUCAAGGCGCACACAUCACCGAUCACGAGGCUCACCGUGAACAGGACCAGCACACUGCUCCUUACCGGCAGCGCUGACAAGAGCAUCUUCAUCUACACCUUAAGCAGGGAUGAGCACCAGUUGGUGGACAUGCGUCCCCUGGGUUUUGUGCAGUUUGCAGCGACACCAAACUGCUUCUAUUGGCACGAAACGGAACCCACGGUGGUCCUUGUGGGCUGCAAGAGUGGCGAGUUGUAUGAGUACAAUAUACGCACCGAUGUCACCGACGACGAGACCUACUUGUCCUACAACAUUACCGAUAUGUCGCGCAUGCGCAGCACCAAAUUUGCAUCCAUCAAAAGUCGCAUUCGACGAGAAAUCAAUCGGGAAAACAUAAAGAAGCGAAAGGAGAAGAAGAGGGAGCGCAAGAUGGAGGAGGUAGAGAAGCUCAAGAAGGCUAAUCCUGGACUGCAAAUCGAUAUGGAGUCGGCGCUGGCCGAUUCGGAGCCGGAUGAGGAGGAGGAGCCGCUUCACAUUCCGGCUGUGCCAAAUCCCAUCAUUUGGAUGCGAUACACUGUAAGAGAUACAGUCUGGGUUUCCAUGGCCGGUUACGAUGCUGGAUACAUCUACGAGCUGGAGUUUGAAGCCCCAGAGCCCACGUAUGCCACCAUUAUAGCCGAUGGAGAUGAUAUGGAGAUACACUCCUACUGCAUUAUCGACGAAUUUAUGAUCUUUGGCCUCGUUAAUGGACGCAUUCGAAUCAAUCACAUGAAUCCGGAAGACUUUACUGACCUUUCGGAGUACCGCAUCUAUCCCAUGCACGAUGGCCUGAAAGGCACCAUUCCCAAAAUCGAGACCAGCUUCGAUGGAAGGCACUUGAUCACCGUCGGCUACGAUGGAAAUGUGUUUCUUCACAGGUGGAACGGUCCAAGGAUCGAGAAGAACAAACGGAGGGAUCGGCUGCCGCCUCUGCCGGCGGGAGUUAGCGAGGUUAAGGAGAUCGAAGAUGAGGCACCUUCCCUGGAGCAGGAAAAAAUCAAUGCGGAGCUGCGACGCCAACAGGAAGCAGCCGAAGCUCACGAUCGAGAUGUCUUGAAUAAAAUUGGAUCGCUGCAGAAUGUCUAUUUUGAUAUAAUCAAGCGCAACGAGGAACUGCCUCCGGGCUUGAGGGCCAAGGAUACGGAUUUGCUGCUCGACGCUCGCAUCACUCGGCAGAUUCGGGAUGAGCUGCAGGCGGAAUUGGAUGAUGUGCGUGAGGAUCUGGCCUACGACCUGGAAUUCGCCCAGGUGGGGCAUACAAAGCUAUACAACCAUUUCCUCAAGAACCUUGUCGAAAUCCCCUUCACCGUCAAUCCAUUGCGUGCCGAAGUUCCGGGUGUGUCUACAUUUCGCCUAGAGGCGCUUGGGGAGGAACACGAGCAGAUAAAGAGGGACAUUGAAGAGCGCCUCAAGCGGGAGCACGACAUGGGACUCCACGAUCUUGUGGAGCCUGAGAGAUCGGACGAAUCUAUUGGCGAGCCCCCGCCGGAAGCGUUCUUCUUUGGACGGGAUCCAAAGAGCAUUGAGCCGCGUUUUAGCAAGAAGAUGAUGCGUCUCCUGGUUCGCUACCGGAAACGCCAGCUUUACGAGGUGCGCCGCAUCUUCGACUGGGACAAGCUGGAGCGCCAGAAACCAGAUCCCAAUCGCAAUCAUCCCGAUGACGAUGCCCAGAUUGAGGAGGCCAAGCGUAACCUAGGGGACUUCAAACUCAAGAUCGGUGCCGACUACGAGCCCAAAUCGACGGAGACUCUUACCCAGAAGUACAUCGAGGUCGUGCAGUGCCGCGAGGAGUACUUCCAUAUGGUGAACACCUUCAAUCAGUUGGUGCAGGAACUGCGCGAUCGCAAAAGCGAUCUGGAGCAGUUCAUUAAAGCCAAGAAGAAUCGUCUAAAUGUGAUACACAGCUACCUGCCGGAGCCAGAUCGCCUGCCUUUACAAACGCUGCGUGAAACGGACAUGGAUCUGGAGUAUCCGGAACUAAAUCUUAUUGAGCAUUACACUCCCGGUUGUGGUGUGGAAAUCGAUGACAUUCUCACGCUGGAACGCACUGUGGAGCAGGUGAUUGCCAUGCGGGCGGACAUGAAAUCGGUCACCAACGUUAGUAUCUUCAGCAUGAACUGCCUGGAAGCACCCGAGCUGCAUGAGUUCUCCGCCUUCACAAUGCUCCAGAUCUCGACCCUAAAGCAGAGUCUUCCGAAUGACCAGUUGAUCGAGGAACUGCUAAAAAUGCCCCCCAUCAGUGAUCCGGCCUACUAUGAGCGAAACCAGGAUGGCGAAACGCCUUUCAUGAUGGAGGUACGUCAUCGAUGGCUUCGCCAGUUUCUUGUGGAACAGGAUGCGAUUCGAACAGAAGUAGACGAGGAGGUGCAACAAUUUGACAGGGAGCUGGCGAAGCUGCAGGUGCGACGCUUCCAUGUCAAGCUGGACGCCGAGUUCAUGACCACAUUCAUGAACAGCCUAAAUCAGGAGCUGUACAUCCUGCGCGACAGCGAGGAAAUUGAGACACAGCUGCUCCUGAACGCCAAGACGGCGAUGAACACUCGAAACGACCUGCAGGUGGUCAUCAAUGCCACCAACAGGCAGCUGGACGAGCUGAGGCGGAACAUUGACAAGUUGGGCGAGCAGAUCACCGCCGUCCAGGUGCUCUUUAUGACCACGGUCAAGGGUCACAAGUUCUUUGACUUUUUGCGGCGCAUUUUCAAGAAGAAGUGGCGUCCGCCCAAGGUGGCCAAAGGUGACGACGAGGAGUCCUCCUCGUCCUCUUCGUCUUCGUCCUCCAGCGAGGAUAACGAGGCGGACAACAAGAGCGUUGACUCAUUAGACAUGACCACCAUUCGAUUGGACGAGACCACCUGUCCAACUGGACUGGACAGAUCCCUUUACGAUUUGGCCUUUGCCAUGCGCGCCGAUCGACAUGAACUGGAGCGAAAUUUGCGGGAUCUUCAGCGGGAUGUGGAGAACAAGCGUAAGGAGAUUGCCGAAAUGCAGAUCAAGAUGAAGUACCACGAGGAGGUUUAUCAGCGCGAGAAGAAUGCUUUGUUGCAGUUUAGACGCAACCGUCAGCAGGAAGUCAACAAGGUGCACAUCAGUGCCGUCCUGCGCAUGGAUCAACUGCAGCACUUCUAUGAGGGCGACGACUACCGCGAUCUUUCCAAGGCCAUUCUCUUCGAUGCCGAUAUGCUGGUGGAUCUGCGCCGCCGGGCGGAUCAACUCAGCGAGGAGACACAAGCCACCAAGCGUUGGCAUCGCAUCAACUUUAUCCACUUGCGACGCAUGAACACGGACAUCAAGUUUAUGCGAUUCGAGAUUACGCGGCUGGAGGAGGAGAUCCGUCAGGCGAUGAUGAAGAAAUUUGGCAUAAUCGUUAAUCUAGAUGAGUUGGAGGAGGAGGUCCUUAGGCGCUACAUUUUCGAUCUGGAGACGAACGCUGAGGAUGAACUAAGUGCCCUCGAAAAGGAACUGAUGGAGAAACAAAAAGAGCUCUCUCGCUGCGAAGAGGAACUGGUGCUGGAGACCCAAAACAACACUGAAAAGGUCAACAUAAUGACAGUGCUUCGUGAGGAGAAGAACUUCCUUUGCACUCUGCUGGAUAUCCAGAAUCGCAACUUUGCCAAGUGGAGCAAUCCGAAUGCACUGAAUCUGUCCUACGAUAUUGAGAAGCUGAGGGGCAUUGAGAAGUCUUUGCUGAACCAGAUUGAAUGCCUGGAGCGGGAGAUAUGCGCCCUGCGGCUGAAGUCCAAACCUCUGCAGAUCAACUACGAAUUCGAGUUGGAUCCCAAUGCUCCGCCACAGGUGAAUAGCGAAAUUAUGCCCAAUGACGAGGCAAUGGUGUGCCCUGCCAUCCUGAACGUGGAUGCCUAUAUGCUGCCACCCAUGCCCGAUGAGUUCAUCAUGGACCGCGUUCACACGAUUGUUCAGAAGAGUUUCAAUCGCUUUUUCGGAAGGAGCACCACUCCGGAAAACGUGCGCAAGUUUGCCCAGCGGUCUUCGCUUUAUUUAUGCCAAGCAGCCUACAGCUUCCAGGGUCGCUAUACGGAUCGGAUUGCCGAGUGCAUUACGGAGCAUUUGCAGACGAUUGUGCCCAAGAAGUACUUCAUCCACAUCAGCGGCGAGGAACUACGCAAGCUCUUCAACGAAGUGGUGGCUGUGUUUGACUAUGAACGUUCUGAUGUGAAUACCGAGGAGCUGAUUUCCGGAAUCUUCGACCACGCCAAGGACUCACUGUGUGCCCAUAUACAUUUGGGCGAUGCCGAUGUGGUUAACCGCACCCACUUCAUCGUGGCCCACAUGUUCAAGGAGCUGAUCGAGGUCCUGCCCUUGGAGGAGUUCCUAUCCGACGAGACCCUUCGCAUAAUCGUGGACGUGCUGGAGCGUGAACCGAUGGUUGAUCCACGGGCCAUUGGCGUGGAGCAGCUCAUCGAGAGCACGCUGCAGCACGCCCAGGAGAAUCUGCUCGACGGGAUUACGGCGGUGCCCGUUCGCAAACUGGGCAGCUCCAUUCAGAGAGACCUUAUCAAGCGGCGCCAGUACAAGCAGCCCAGCUGCGAGUCGCCCAUGUCGGUGCGGAUUGCCACCAAAAAGCCGGGACACAGUACUGGGCUGCCUUUCUAGGAUAAAAGGGUGCCAUUAAACUGUACAGAACUCGACACAUUAGAAUACGUUUUUAAAAAUUAUCCUGUUUUAUAGAGAUUUGGAAUAAAAUGGCCUAAAACACAUUUUAA